AUGUCAAGGUUGUCCAUGUUACCGAGACCAAGAGAAUCUGUGUUUACAGGUGGACUCGACCCAUAUCGUGGUGAUGUCAAUGUCGUUUGUCCGCCAAACCUGCGCGAGUGCGUCCUUGCUAUGGAAGAUUGCUGCGAAGAGGCAUAUGAAGCCCAACAGCUCCUUCGAAACGGGACAUUCGAUCUGCCCCGCAUGCGCAAGGUCCUUGAAAGCCAAAGGGUAUUCCUUUUAAUCGAUGAGGGCACAGUGCACAGAUAUAAAACCGAUCUUGCAGACGAGAUCGAGCCCCAGAUUAAUGAACUUAUCGACCGUGCAGAGAAAGGUCUCAGCGCUCUGAAUCGUCGAGAGGGCUUGAUUCAAAGCAAGGUUGAGGUUGCACAGGCUAUGCAGUCUAGAGUCGCGACAGCACCCACCUCAAAUAAGCGUGAAGAAAGACGCCUUCAAAUGCUCGCAAAGCAACGUCGGCGACUUGAAGACGAAGUGAAAGUCUUGGAAUCAGAGAUAUUAGCAUUGGUAUGCAUACCUAUUCAAGAAACAAGCCAUAUUGAACCAAACUUUUAG